CUGCAGGUACAUGUCCCAGAGUAAGCAUGUGGAGGCGCGGGAGCUCAUGUACUCAGGAGCGCUGCUGUUCUUCAGCCAUGGCCAGCAAAACAGUGCGGCAGACCUGUCCAUGCUGGUCCUGGAGGCUCUGGAGAAGGCGGAGGUGGCCGUGGCCGAGGAUCUGCUAGAGAACCUGGCCAAAGUGUUCAGCCUGAUGGACCCUAACUCUCCAGAGCGCGUGGCAUUCGUGUCUAGAGCCCUGAAAUGGUCCAGCGGGGGCUCCGGGAAGCUAGGUCACCCACGGCUGCACCAGCUGCUGGCCCUCACCCUGUGGAAAGAGCAGAACUACUGCGAGUCCCGGUACCACUUCCUGCACUCCAGCGACGGCGAGGGCUGCGCCAACAUGCUGGUGGAGUACUCCACCUCCCGGGGCUUCCGCAGCGAGGUGGACAUGUUUGUCGCCCAGGCCGUCCUACAGUUUCUCUGUCUGAAGAACAAAAGCAGCGCCUCGGUGGUCUUCACGACGUACACCCAGAAGCACCCGUCCAUCGAGGACGGGCCCCCGUUCGUGGAGCCCCUGCUCAACUUCCUUUGGUUCCUGCUGCUGGCCGUGGACGGCGGCAAGCUGGCGGUGUUCACGGUGUUGUGCGAGCAGUACCAGCCGGCCCUCAGGAGGGACCCCAUGUACAACGAGUACCUCGACAGGAUAGGACAGCUGUUCUUCGGCGUGCCGCCCAAGCAGACGUCGUCCUACGGGGGCUUGCUAGGGAACCUUCUCAGCAGCCUCAUGGGCUCCUCGGAGCAGGAGGAGGGCGACGAGAACCCGGACGACACACCGGCCUUGCUGCGGCCCCCGCUCCCCGUCCUUUGUCUCUGGGUCCGGGGGGGCUGCGGGCGACACAGGAGGCCUGUCCUCAGGGACCGGGCGCGUCGCCCUUGGAGUGUCCAGCGCCGGGGGGGCGGCGGCCCCUCGGACAGGCGCGCCCUGCCGGGCCGCGUGGCCUUCGCCCGAGAGCGGCUUUCCGGCGUGUCUUGGCUUUCGGCUGAGCGCAGGGUGACUCUGCAGCCACCGCAGGCCUGUCCUGUCACAGAUGGCGCUCGUGCACCGGGCGCCAGCAGCCUGACGUUCCACGAGUGUGGCACACAGGGCCGUGGCCGAGGCAGCCCUGCGGGUCCAGGGCCGCUGUGCCCUGUUCUCCAACCUGGUGCCGCCCUGGAAAUGCCGUGGUGA